UAGUGUAAUCAGUACAUUUUUUCAAAAUUAGGUUAUGCACACCAUUAUGUUGCUUUUUUCAGUUUACGUCAUCGUGUACAUAACUAUCUUCGAAAAAAAUAUACUUAAUACAUUCUGGCUCUAGAAUCUAGAAUUUGAAUUACUGCUUUUAAACCGCCAUAUUGAAUUUUAUUUCGUCCAAGUUUGGAGCUACUUCAGAUGGCAGUCAAAACAGUGCCUCAAAACUUUAUAAGUCCGAGCAUGGAGAGCAGUCCCGCAUGUUAUUAAAGUGUAACAUGCCCAAAGUAAACAGUACAUUUGUUUACAGUAAAUUUACUGAAUAAAAUCAUUUAAUAAUGCCGGUAGAUUUAGGAUUUGUGGAGAAGUGUGACGCGUGGAGGUUGGAAUGUAGAUUUUUUCCAAGUAAAGUCGGUGGAAAACCAGCGUGGCUCAAUUUGAAAGAUAUUCCUGGAGAGAAAGAUCUUCGAUGCGAAUAUUGCCAAGAGCCUUGUAUAUUUUUAUGUCAAAUUUACGCACCUUACGAAGACAAUGAAACUGCGUUUCAUAGGACUAUAUACGUUUUUAUAUGCAAAAAACCAGAAUGUUGUAAAUUGAAUGAAAAUGGGAACUUAAAAGUUUUCAGAUCUCAGUUACCAAGAACAAAUGAAUUUUACUCAUCUGAACCACCUGUUGAGGAACCUGAUUGGAGGACUGACCUCAAUACAAGCAAAUGGGUGAAAACAUGUCAGGUGUGUGGAAUAUACGCGUCUAAUCACUGUUCUAAAUGUAAGCAAGUAAAUUAUUGUUGUCGCAUACAUCAAGUUUUUGAUUGGAAGUCCACUCACAAGGAAUCUUGCGGUACAAAUCGGUAUGUGGUAACCAACAGCAAACUUUUAUUUCCUGAAUAUGAAAUAAUAAUAGAAACAGAAGAUGAGAAAGAAGAUAACAAUGAAAUUAAUUCUGAGAAGGAGAAAGAAGAAAUUGAAAAGUAUGAAAACAUGUUGGAGAAAGGUGAAACCGGUACUUUUCAAGAUGAAGAUGUACAAACUGAAUUGUUAAGCAUGGCUAAUCAGAAAGAAGAUGAAACAUUUGCUGAAUUUCGUUUAACUGUUGACAAGUAUCCUGAUCAAAUUCUGAGAUAUGACAGAGGAGGAAAGAUUUUGUAUAUAUCUGGAGAAAGUAAAAUUGAUGAGGUGCCAAAAUGUUUAGAAUGUAAUCAAGAGAGGCAAUUUGAAUUUCAAAUCAUGCCACAAUUAUUAAAUUUUCUUAACUUAGAGGAUACUCUUAAAUGUAUUGACUGGGGCAUUCUAACAAUAUUUACAUGUAAAAAUUCAUGCCCAUCCAAAAAUGGAUACAGUGCAGAAUAUGUGUGGAAACAAGACAUCAUAGAAACUAAUUCAGACUAAAAUGGAUAACAAGGAAAUGAUUUUUUUCACAAGGAAAUAAGGAAACAAUAACUGUAAUUGUGUAAUAUAAACAGACGUAAUAUUUACGAAGAUAAACUCUUUUUGUUAUUUCAAAAUAAAAUACACAUUUGCUUUAA